AGGGAAAAAGCAAAUCUUCUUCUCUGUUAUGUGAGGUUAAAAAAUUGCUGCUACUGCUGCUGCAACAAUCAACAAGUUCAUCUCUUGGGGAGAAACAGCAAUCAAUGGCGGAUUAUCACUUUGUAUACAAGGACGUGGAGGGAGCAUCAACGCAGUGGGAUGAUAUUCAGAGGAAAUUGGGUAAUUUGCCACCGAAGCCUCCUCCAUUUAAGCCGCCAGCUUUCACGCCGGCGGAGGACGGGGAUUCCGCCAGAAAAGACAAGGAUUGGAUCGAUAACAAGACGGAGGAUGAACUCGAGGGGCUAGAAGACGAUCUCGACGACGAUCGCUUCCUUGAGGAAUACAGGAAGAAGAGGUUGGCUGAGAUGAGAGAAGCAGCUAAGAUUAUAAAAUAUGGGUCUGUAAUUCCUAUUUCGGGAUCUGAUUUUGUGCGAGAGGUUUCACAAGCUCCACCAGAUGUUUGGGUUGUUGUCAUUCUCUACAAGGAAGGAUUUCCUGAAUGCGGGUUGUUGAUGAAUUGCUUGGAAAAUUUGGCAACAAGAUACCCAGCAACAAAAUUUGUCAAGAUAAUAUCUACAGAUUGCAUUCCCAACUAUCCAGAUUAUAAUCUUCCAACACUAUUAGUAUACAACAAUGGUGCUGUGAAAGCAAAUUAUGUGGGCUUACAUAGUUUUGGCCGGAGAUGCACACCUGAAGGCGUAGCUUUAGUCCUCUGUCAAUCGGAUCCUGUUCUCAACGAUGGCCAGGGAGGUGAUUCAUCAAGAGAAGCUGUGAUUGAAGGCGUUCGAAGGCAAUUCAUAGAGAAAGUUGUAAGAGAGCAUGAAGAUGACGAUGAUGAUGGAUCAUCAAGUGACUAGGGAUUUUAUUAAUUCUGUAUAUUGUCUUCUUUUCUUGUGUGAGGGGAAGAGAAAAGAUUGUGUGCACUGAGAUAGAGAACAAGUACUUUGGCUUACUGGGCGUCACUUUGCAGCCAGUAAUUUGGUUAAGGAAGAUUUGUCAUUUUCACGAUUGACA